CGGGAAAUACCCUGUAGGUUUUGAUUCCCUUGCGAAUGUCGAAAUUUUGCGUAAAUUUGCGACAUAAACGGUUGUAUCUGAUUUUGAUUGGGUUGGCUUGGAAGUUUUAUUUUUUCACAGCACCUAGCGACACAGACCUGAGUAUUUGAUAUAAAUAACAGCUUGAUAGUUCCACGCGUUUUUGAGUAAAAGAGCCUUGACAACAAUAUAGACGAACAACAAAGUGAUCCUAUAAGGGUUCCGUUUUUUUCCUAUGAGGUACGGAACCCUAAAAAGACCUUGUUCGCGAUUAAAAGUGAAGCGAGCAGCGACUGGCAAGUAUUUGGGGUGUUUCCACACACGAGACGAGCGUAAUGCACUUGUCAUAACAAAGGUUGCGCUGCAGCCGCUAGCCCGCGCCGCGCCGCCCGUCGCCCUUCGCCCGCCUGCCCCCUCUCUCAGAACUUAUUAACGUUGAUCGUUAAUUGAAUUUUGUUUAGGGCAUCGACUACACUGAAGUGAGAACGAUGACCCCGCUGCAUCUACUACACGCGGUGCACCUGCUGACCGCAGCCCACCUCGUCCGUUCUGAGCAAUACGGACGCAGUACUCAUGUCUAUGAUGGUGAAUGCUUUGACUUCAUCGUAGUCGGCGGCGGCACCGCCGGCUGCGUGUUGGCCAACAGGCUCACUGAAGACGAACGAACCACCGUGUUGGUCGUCGAAGCCGGGGGAGAUCCGCCGUAUGAGUCGAUGUUUCCAGGCUUGUUUCCAACGAUGGCCGGAAGUCGAGUCGAUAAAAACUAUACGUCAGAAAAGGACGAGAGGGCACAGCAGUGCCACAGGAACCGCGUCGCCAACCUGACGAGCGGGCACAUGUUGGGCGGCAGCAGCGGCCUUAACUACAUGCUGUACGUGCGUGGCGCACCGCCGGACUACGAGCGCUGGGCGGCCGCCGCUGCUGACCCCGCCUGGGCCUGGCCGCAGGUCCUCCCCUACUUCAUCAAAAGUGAAAGGCUCAUGGACCCCGGCUUGCUGAAUUCCCCAUACAAAAUAUAUCAUGGGACACAUGGGUACAUGGGAGUCGCGCGCGAACAUCGAAGGGAAAUACAUAAGUUUUUGGAGGCCUUUCGUGAGCUAGGACACGAAGUUCUAAUGGAUGUGAACGGAGAUCGUCAUUUAGGAUUCACUAACCCGCUGUUCAACAUCGCUGAGGGCGUGCGGCAGAGCGCGGCGUAUUCCUUCCUAGCUCCGAUUGUUCAUCGCAAAAAUCUAUAUAUUCUCAAGGAUACCUUAGUCACUGAAAUCAUAUUCGAUGAGAACAAUAAUGCUGUGGGAGUUAAAGUAAAAACUCAAGAUGGAGCCAUUUUAUGUUUAGUGGCGAGAAAGGAAGUUAUUUUGUCAGCGGGCGCCUUCAGAAGUCCUCAGUUGUUAAUGCUGGCGGGGAUCGGGCCCAGGGAGCACCUGGCGGAUCUCAAAAUACCGGUUCGAAGUAAUUUGCCGGUCGGAUUAAACUACCAGGAUCACGUAGCGGUUUUUAUGUCGAUCAAAAUGGAUAAAUCGAAUGCGUCCUCCGCGCCGCCUAACAAACACUUAUUUCCGUUACCCGCGUUCGUCGGCUACGUGGCUCUAGACAAGCGCCAGGCAUACCCCGACUACCAGGUGGUCAACUUUGUCGUGCCUCACGAUUCCGAAGUUCCAUUUAACUUGUGCGCGUUCGGUUACUGGUACGAUUACGACAUUUGCCACAAUCUUCGUAACGGCGGCAAAGGAAGGAAUACGCUAUUCUCGACGUUGAACAUACUGCACCCAAGGUCGCGAGGCAGAGUGACGCUGCGCAGCAGGAACCCUGAGGAUCCUCCUGCCAUCCAUACGGGGAUGUUUUCUGAUGAGCGCGACUUAGACGAUCUUGCCAGAUAUUUAGAAGAUCACGCCCGUAUCGUGAAUACGACGUACUUCAAAAGCGUCGGCGCGAUGAUAGUAGACUUGAAGUUGUCGAUGUGCGGCGGGAUGCGUGUCGGGAGCGGGCAGUACUGGCGGUGCCACGCGCGGUGCAUGAUGAACACGAUGUACCACUACGCGGGCACGUGCGCGCUGGGCUCGGUGACGGACUCGCGGAUGCGCGUACGCGGCGUGCGGCGGCUGCGCGUGGUGGACGCCAGCGUUAUGCCCACGCUGCCUGGAGCCAACACGCAUGCUCCCGUCCUUAUGAUCGCUGAAAAAGCCGCUGAUUUUAUAAAAGAGGAACAUCGUUUAUGUUACAAGAAAUAAAACUUUUGUAAUCCCUAAUUAAACAACAAGUUAAUUAAGCAACGAGCACUGUAUAUAACAGUAAUGUAUAUAACAGACCUAUAGCAUAUUGUCCCAAUUAUUUAUGCUAGCAACAGCGCUGCUUUACGAGAUUAAUGAUAAUUUUCUAACAGAUAGAGACGUUAGGACAUACAUACAUACAUUAAAAUGUAAAUAAAAUAGAAUAUUCAAUUUUUUAUAAUACGUUUCAUAAAACAUCUAGAAAUAAAUUUGAAUUACUGUUCCAAAGCUCUAAUCUGAAAGAGAAAUAGUUUUUAGCACAAAACUGUAAGCAUUGUGGGAUAUCAAAUGUUGUUGCUAUCGACAGUCCUAGCAUAUCUAUGUAUCUUUAUUUGUCCAUUAACUUUGAUUAGAAAUAUAUUAUAAGUAGAACUGUGUCCAUGAAUAAUCUUUUCUCAUUAUUAUUUACUUGACGGAUUUUUAAAAUAUUUUGCUACUCGUAUAAACAAAUAUACAAGUAAUUUAUACACAUUUUCUUUUAAAGCAAAUGUUCGAGUGAGUUAUGUAUCGGGUGCACCGGUGACACAGCAGAGGGCGCUGUAAAGAUUUACUGUGCAGCUCCCGCGGACCCCAGCACUUUACAUUCAGCGCGGUGCCGAACGCCGCGAGCCAGGCGACGGGGCUCGGGGACCAAAUUUUUGUUAAUAGUAUAAUUAGUAGUAGUUAACAAACGAAUAAAC